UAUCUGUGUUGAGGAUUUAUUUGUGAGCUGAAGUUUCGAGAUAUCAUCAUCAAUGGAGAGAAUAAAGGCAAAGAUUUCAAGUAUAGAUGACCGGGGAACGACUUCUGACCGCAUUUCAGCAGAAAAGUUCUCCGAUUUGGGAUUGAAAGACAUCACUCUUCGCCCGUAUCAGUUGGAAGGAGCAAACUGGAUGAUUCAGCGUUUUCACAGGAAACAUGGUUGCAUUCUGGGAGAUGAGAUGGGACUUGGGAAAACAUGCCAGACCAUCUCUCUGCUUGUAUACAUCCUUGGAUCUGAGCUGGAGUGUAGUGAGGAUCCAGCUUUAGUUGUAAGUCCCCUUUCUGUGAUGGGAAACUGGCAAGAUGAAUUGAAAAGGUUUGCUCCUCAUUUGAAAGUAGUAUCUUACACAGGAGAGAAGACAUAUCGAGGUGAACUCCGCCAUGAGCUUCGCUCCAUGGAAAAUGUCAAUGUCAUUUUGACAACUUAUGAGAUUUGCCUGAAGGAUGAAUCAUUUUUCCAGAAGUUUUCUUGGUCAGCGCUGAUCGUGGAUGAGGCUCAUCGUCUGAAGAACCAGAAUUCUCUUCUUCAUCAGUCUCUUAAAGAGCUUGAUGUCAGGCACAUAGUCCUGUUGACGGGAACACCGAUUCAGAACAACCUGCGGGAACUCUACGCCCUUCUUUCCUUCGUGGCCCCUCGGGUCUUCAGGCCAAGUUUAGCCGACAAGUUUGUGGAGACCUAUGAAGAUAUCAGUGAUGAUGAAGUGAAAGAUGAGCUUCACUCUAUGCUCCUACCUUUUCUGCUGAGACGAACUAAGUCAGAAGUAGUCCUUGACCUGCCAAAGAAAUCAGAGGUGAUUCUUUUCCAUGGAUUGACUGGACUCCAGAAGAAAUUAUACAAAGCUAUCCUCACAAAGGAUCAUGCUGCUUUCGAGCAACAGAUUGAUGUUGUUGGAGUCCCUCGCACCAAGACAAGUUUGAUGAAUACCCUUAUGCAGCUUCGCAAGUGUGUCAAUCAUCCAUAUAUCUUUGAUGGUGUGGAACCCGAGCCAUUUGAACUAGGAGAGCAUCUGGUUGAAUGCUCAGGCAAGCUUCACCUUCUUGACAAACUGUUGAUGUUUCUAUGGCAACAGGGUCACAAGGUACUUCUCUUCUCCCAGAUGACCCGAAUGCUGGACAUUCUGCAAGAUUACCUGGCUUUCAGAGGUUAUGAGUAUGAGCGCCUGGAUGGCUCGGUCCGUGGGGAAGAACGCUAUCUGGCGGUGAAGAACUUCAACCAGCGAGACGAUACCUUUGCGUUCCUUCUCAGCACAAAGGCCGGAGGUCAAGGGUUGAACCUGGUCGGAGCAGACACAGUCAUCUUUGUAGAUAGUGAUUACAAUCCUCAGAAUGACCUUCAGGCGGCUGCAAGGGCCCAUAGGAUUGGUCAAACAAGGCCUGUGAAGAUCAUUCGACUGAUUGGGAGAGACUCUGUCGAGGAGCUCAUCCUCCGAAGAGCAGAUGAGAAGUUGAAACUGACCAACGAUGUCAUAGAGGGGGGCAAAUUUUCCCUUGGAACAGCCAAUAGUGGCCUAGCUGAAAAUGCUACCCAGCUUUCAGACAUGUUGAAGUUUGGCCUUGAGAAGCUUCUACAGUCCGAUGAGAGUUCAGUCAAGGACCUUCAGCUCCAGGAGAUCCUUGGAGGUAGCGCUGGAGGAGAAUGGAUGCCGGAUGAAAGAAAUGAUGAGGAGGAAGAGAAGAUGGAGGAGGAGGAGGAGGGAUCAGACGAAGAAAAAGAUCAUAUGUACAUGUUUGAAGGGAAGGACUAUUCUAAAGAAACGAGCGCAGCAGACAAGAAAGCAUUUGAUGAAAUGAUGUCAGCUCAAAUAGCUUUGAUCCAGGAAGAGGCGAGUGGAUCAAGAGCAAUGAGAAAGAAUCGAGGCCAAAGGGGAGAUACAUUAGAGAUGAUGUCAGUGUUACCUAUGGUAGCCAGAAAGAGAAAACAGCUGACGGAGGAAGAGAAGGCAGAACGAAAGAAAAAGAGAGAAGAGAAUGCUGCUAAGAAAGCCAAGAUGAUGGAGGAAGCAGAGAUACAGAGAGCAGAAGAGAGAAGACGAAGAAUGAAAGAGAUGUGGGAAGCCAGAGGCUACGAGAGUUCAAACAUCGCCAUGGAAACAGAUGAUGAUGAUGAUGAAGGGUCGGAGGAGGGAGAUGAUGAAGAGGAGGGUGUGGCCCUUAGAUACGUCAGGGGGGAUGUGACUCACCCAGUGAAUACCAAUGAUCAGAAUGCUAUUGUGGUCCAUUGUGUUGACGACAGUGGGAGUUGGGGGCGUGGAGGUUUGUUCACUGCCCUUGCCCGUCGAUCACCACAACCUGAACGCCUUUAUGAACUUGCUGGCAAAAUGAGAGAUCUGAAUUUAGGAGAUGCCCAUCUCAUUCCGAUCGAUGACAUUGAGAGCAGGGAUGCUGGUAACGAUUGGGUUGCCCUGAUUGUAGCGCAGCACCGGGACAAGAACAACUAUCUGAGUGGCAUUAAGCUGACGGCACUUGACAAAGGCCUGCAGAGACUCUACAAGGCAGCUAAGAAACACAACGCAACUGUCCAUCUACCUCGUAUCGGUCAUUCUACACCUGCGUUUAAUUGGUAUGGCACCGAGAGGCUGAUCCGGAAACACCUUGCAUCGAGAGGCAUUCAGACCUCUAUUUAUUAUUAUCCAAGGAAAGGUAAUAAACCAAGAAGACCCGCUCCACAGGAUGACGAUGAUAAUGAUGAUGACAGCAAGCCAUCGACUUCAUCCUCUCAUAGAAGCCAUCGUCAUAGCAACCAAGAUGAUAGUGGAGAGGAGAAUGAGAAAGAGAGGAGCGGUCUCGCCGAUUUUCUGUCAGGUGUUUCCGUCUGCAUCCAUCAAGGUGUUGAAGGAGAAAAGGAAAGGAAGAAACUUCGUAGAUACAUCGUAGCUCAUAACGGUGAUGUAGAUGAAGAAUGUUCUGACAAGACGACGCAUCUUAUUAUUCCUGAAGGCUUUCACGAGGAUAUAAGUGAUUUGAACAAAUUCUCAUCUCUGCAAGUGGUAACAGCUGAUUGGCUGUGGGACAGUGUUGCUAAGCAACGGAAACAACCUGAACGUGAUUAUAUAAUCAACUGAACAUUGCAUCGUAGAAUGUGUUCCUUCGUCACGGAAGAAACUUCGUCAUAUCAUCAAUGUUAUCGACCAUCAUAUGCAUUUGAGAGACAUUCCUACAUUGAGGGAGACAGAGAAAUUAGCGGCUUUCACACACAGAAAAAAUGAAAUUGGCAAAUCGGUGUAAAAAAGUUUUUUUUUUGCAUGUGCAGACAGAAAAAUAUAAAGAAAGUUCGCGAUUGUGACUGUGAUUCAAUUUGCAGAGAUUUUCAGAAUAAUCGCUAUGAUUUGCUGAGCAUUAUGUUUGAAUUCCUCUGGCAUUGAAUGUGUUUUGUUAUAUCCUACAGUUCGCAGCUCAUAAAAUUUGUAAACCUACCUGUACAAGUACAUGUGUCGAUCUUUUGAAAUUGGACAAUCUCCGGUCAUACAAGUUUGAGUGUUUCUUCCUUACAACUUCCCCCAAUUUUUCAAUGUGUGUGUGAACUGUCAUUCGAAUUCCUGGAUGUAAAUAAGCUGUAAUUCUUGGAAUCUUCAUGUAUUUGCCAUAUAUUGGUUGUUGCUAUGUCUGGCAAGGGUCUGGGCAAGUUUUCAGGUUGUCAAAACUCAAAAAAAUACUUUUGUUUAUAAAGUUUACCUAUAUGUAUUUUAGUAAAGAGGGCCCAUAUCGAUAAAACUCUAAUACAGUUACUAGUAAUCGCCUUAUUGUGUAUUGUUGUCUAUAACUACCAGGUUUUAUGAAUAUGAGGGGGAGGGGUCUAUUAUAUUGAAUACAUAGCUCAACUCAAAGCGAAAAUUAAUAUAAUCAGUGAUUUUUUUUUCAUAUUUAAAUUGUUAUUUACAGAAAUUAUAAAUUACUUGACUUUCAUUAAUCCAGGGAUUAUUCAUGCUACCUGCUAGUCUUUCUUUCCACCUUUUUUUGCCUGCUGUAAACAAAUAAAUUCCCAUUCUUUGGUAUUUUAUCUCUUCCAUUAACUUUGAAUAAGAAACAUAGAAUUGUAGCAUUCCAUAGGAUUUAUAUUCUUUUAGAGUAUGUUAACAUAUCAGAAUAACUCGCAUUACAUUUAAUCAAACAUUGUGAUUGUAUAUGUAAGUAAUAGCUUUUUUAGAAAUUAUAAUUUUAGGAACAGCCAUAUGUUGAGAUUAUGGAAAUGGAAAUGUUCAUAUCUUGAUACUUGUCUUUCAGAGAUAUUGCCUUAUGAAGAAAGUAUUUCCUAUAUUAGCGAGUAGGGUGUGCUCUAUAUUUCUCUAUUUGUGUGAAGUGUAUGUAAUAUAAAUUCUGAAAUACAAUUAAGGAUGUGCCUGUUUUUAUUUUAAUACGGCUUUUCUACCUUCUAAGUUGUCUCCUCGCUUCAUAAAUUAUGUCUAUUUCUUGUGUAUCACCAUAUCAAUAUGUUUGUUAGAGUAAUUUUUAACUAUAAAUGAAAGAUAUGUAUAUGAAUGAAUGA